GUACAAAUGCGAAAUAACUUUUCCAUGAGGUUUUCUUGAGUAAAAUGUCGUGGUAUCAAAAUAUUUUACCAGAAGGCAUAAAGAAAAAUGUUUGUGCAUAUUUACUGCAGCGUUACCUCGGACAAUUCUUUGAAGAAAAGUUAACCAGAGAACAGCUCAACAUUGACUUGUACAAUGGUACUGGCACAGUGGAAAAAAUCAGCCUUGAUGUUCAGGCUCUGAAUGAGCUGAGCGAAAAACAGAACUGGCCGAUUGAGUUUGUUGAUGGAUUCAUUGACAAAUUAUUUGUUAGUGUCCCUUUUAUGUCUAUUCUCAAAGACCCUAGUUAUGUGGAAGUUCAAGGUCUUAAAAUCACAGUUCAACCCAAACAGAGACAUGAAUCGGCAACUUCAAUGUUUGAAUCCAUGUGGAAUUCGAUGACAAGUUCUAUGCAGUUGGCUGAAGAAUGUGCAAAACAAGACGGUGUUAAUACGUCAAAUUCAUUGGAAGCAUAUGAAGGAAUUAAACUUUUUGCACAAACUAUUGACUCGGUUCUUAGCAGAGUCAAGGUUAAAUUCAUUGAUACUGUUUUCCAAGUGGAACAUGUACCCAAACAUAGUUGUACUGGUGUAGGAGUAACUAUUAAUAUUGAUUUGAUUGAAUACUCGGACGAGGCUGGCAAUGACCCAACCUCAGACGAAGCCACAGACUUGACGAAUCAAGAAUCAAAGAAAGCGUUCGUAGUCCAUUCGUUUACAACAAAGAAUUUCGUAAUAAGUGGUGUAACUUUUUCAACAGUAGAAUUUUCGAGUAAAGCUCGCACAUUUUCUAGAUCUGUUUUGAUACAAUCGCAACAAGAAACGGAGAACGAUUCUUUGGUUACUGUGAUAGAAAAUUCUAGCAUUAACAAAGAUGACAGCUCUCCAAAAUCGGAGGAUGACAGUGAGGGUGAAAAGAUGGAAGAACAAGAAUCGAAAGAGGACGGAGAUAAUCAAAAUUUGGGUGGACACAGGCACGUUAUUAAAUUUGGAUAUCUUUCCAGUACACAGGAGGUUAGGGUGAAACUUAAGCAAUCGGAAAAUGUGACAGGACCAAAAGUAUCGAUAGACGUCAUGUUAGGUUCCUUCAUAAUGUUUUUAUCUCCGAGACAGUUUCAUCUCCUGUUGGAACUUGCCGAUGGGUUGUCAAAACCUGACACUGUUGAUAACAGCAAUGUAGCUCCAAGAACACACUGUUCUAGUAAACCAAUGACAGUUCUAGACUAUCAACGAGUAGAACAGGAACUUCAAAAUCAGAUACAGUCCUUGUCAAAUUUUCAAAUAGCAGGUCUGCAGGCAGCCCAGGGAUGGUCUUCACCUGGUUUGGACGAUAGUGGUACAGAAGAAACUUUCUUGCCUUUAAAGAAUACUGUAAGCGGCAUGUAUGACAGUACUCUAUCGGGAAUUGCUAGCAGUAUGGAUUCUAGCGUCAGUUCUAGCAUGGUUAGUUCAGUUACUGAUCAAAGUCAAAGAUCUAGAAGGAAAAUAAACACAGUUGAUUCUGACCCCACAGCAGAAAUAUCCUAUUUCCAAAUACGGGUUGCCUCAUUAGCUGUCAUACUAUUAUUGGAAGACGUACUAUUUCAACCAGUCGAGAAGAAUCAAAUUUUGGCCCCAUCUAGCGUUCAAAAGAUGCAACAAGUCGUAGACGAUUUCUUCGGUAAAUUAGGACAUUUUUCUUUUGCUGCUUACGGAAAUAAAGACUUUGAAGAAGCAGGGGAAGUUUUUAAUAAAGCCUGCUGUCGCAGCCAUUUAAAAUUGUUAGCUGCUCCUGUGCAAAUCGAGGGAGACGAAAAAACAACCAGUUCGGCGUUCUCCAUUACAAGUCAAUUAUCUGCUGCCAAAUUAGAGAUUCACGAAUGUAUGUACAAUUCCAAUGAUAAUACCAUCGAAACUGUUCCUCUGCUGGUAUUCCUGGAAAACACUUCUCCCCAAAAUGUGAAUUUAAUGAGUGUUAAACCUAGUGUUAAGUUGACAUUUAAACAUGUAGAAAAAACGAAGAGUUCUAAUAGAAGAAAUAAUGGACCAAAAUCUGAAGUAACAUUAUUUUUAAACAAGCUCAAUCUGGAAUUGGACAUAACUAUCGUCGACAGGAUAAAUGCGUUACUCGAUUCUCCAACAAUUUGUGUACCUGAAAUUUCGCCUUAUAAUCCUUGGAGGACAGAAAAAUUUUCAGAUCAUUUGUCUCCUAUUAGCUCUGUAGAAUCAAAAAUGGAUUUAAAGGUUAUUUGUCCGCUAGUCAACGUGAAACUAAGGUUUCCUAUACCAGAUUUUCGACCUUUACAUGAUAUGAAUAGAGUCCCUUGGUGGAAGAGGCACGUCAGAACGGAUUAUCUGUCACUAGUUUUUUCCGAUUUUCUUCUCCAGUCUAGUUUCAACACGAAUCAAGCUUGUCAAGAAUACUCGAUGCAGUCUAGGGCUCUGGAAGUGUUUUAUUAUGAGAAUGAAAAUAGCGCUGCUUUACCCAUAGCUAAAACAGAAUUCGACGAUAGAAAUAUAACAUCUAUGCAAGAUGUUAUGUCACAAAUAAGGUUAAAUGUAAAACUGUUUCCUACACAAACAAAUGAAUUGGAGAAAUUAUCCGAAGCUGAACCAAACGUUAUGACCACUUCCUUCUAUGGGGCUUUCGAAAAUCAAAACAAUGAAGAUCCAGGACCGUUUAGUGCUAAAAAAGUCGUACACGAGAGCGAUACUCCGCAUUCUAAACCUCAGAACGAUGAUACAGCAGAAUUAAUUAUACCCGGUGACAAACACGAAAUAGAGGAGUUCAUAAAGACCACUUCGGAUUUCGCAAAGAUUCACGUUGAAGUUUUUUUGCCUACUGUCUCUAUUCAGCUCAAAUCUAAGCACACAUAUGAACUCAUAUAUAAUAGAAUAAACAACGAUUUACUGUUGUGGACUCCUAGUGCUCCAAAACUGAACUCGCCUCUUAAUACUACUAACUAUUCCACCUACGGUACUAAGAGUGUCUUUGUUGAUGGUCGAGAUACAUUUACAAUGUGCAAAAGUGGAAUUCAGUAUGAAUCUGAAUCUGACAGCGAAGAUUCGGAAGAGACCAACGGUAACAACGUCUUCUUCUCUACCUAUGAUCACAAAACCAAGCUUUCUUCAAAAUCGCAGCUCAAAGUCCAAGAACCUGUUAAACAAGAACAGAGCGAAUUUGUGCUCAAUAUUCAAAUAUAUCAAGGAAUCCUAAGCAUGAAUCCUCCAGUCCGAGAUUCCGGCAACAAUGUUAUACCGGGCCAACAGGGCGAAUUCGUUUUAAAUUUGGACGACGCAAAUAUAUUUGUAGUUAGCGGUUACAAAGGUGACACGAACUUGGGAUUCGUUUGUGUGCAACUACACAAUGCUCAACUAUACCACUGCGAUAUGAUGUCGAUACCUACUAAAGAUCCACCGUUAAAAGAAAUCGGCUGUCACUUAGGCCACCAUUUAAGUCCCACGAUUUUUAAAUCGGAACCUGGUAUGCUUGCUACAUCGAAAGAUAGAGGUGGCAACAGAGAAAUGUUUACUGUUGCCGUCAGAAUUCAAGCUAACCAUGAAACCCACCAUGUUAAGACUGUUCGGGUAGCUCUCGGUUUAAACAAAAGUACACUAAAACACCGAAUGUGUACGGAACCAAACAGUUGGAUCUCCCAUCUUUUGGACUUUUUCAACGUCCAAGAUUAUCCUCUAGCUAACUACCAUGCUAAAGACGUAUUGACUGAAUUGCAUCUACAUGUAUGGGAUUGUGCCAUAGAUUACAGACCUUUAAACUUACCAAUUAGAUCCGCCAUAUCCAUAGGAAAUUUCAGUAUGUCAUCGCAUUUGUCGGCCCAAGCGAAUUCGUCCACGCUGAGGUUCAUUUUCGAGGAAUGUUCUCUAUUUUUGAGCGAAAAGGCUCCUCCGAAGAAUGGAAAAGUUUCUCUGGCGCCUGUAGAUUUAGUGAAAGAUUACGUGAAUGUAUUGGAAUUGGGAUUGUUUGAGCUCAGCUUAAGAACUACAGAUAAGAGAAGUGGCCGUAACCCUCACAUAGAUCUCCGAGCAUCCAAUAACAUUCUAAACAUCCACACGUGUUCUGACAGUGGAAGGAUGUUGAUGCAACUAAUUGUUUAUUUCGCCAACGAUGGGGACCUCAUUCAAGCCGUACCUGUUAACAACGCGAGUCCCUAUUCCAGUCCCAGGCAUCAAGCCGAUCAAGAAUUGGUACCCGUGGAACCUCAAAUCAGCAAUUUGUCAAAAAGUCAGCACGAACAUGUCAAUACGCUUUUAGGGGAAGCUAUGAAGGAAAAUGAAGUUGCUGAAGGGGAUUCAAUGCAUUCUUCUAAUUUAGGCGCUAAGUUAUUCUAUUUUCCGGACGAGAAACAACUUUUACAAGAAACAUUGACAAAACCAUUACCUCAAGUUACCUACGAAUUAGGUGAUAUUGCAUAUCAUUCGAACAAAAGCAGUGAUACAGAUGACGAUUUCUGCAUCAUAAGUAAAGAACCCGGUUUAGGUCUUUAUCCAGCCAAUGGCAUACCUGAGAUCAGGUGGCUGUCUAGUGAUCCAGUGAGAGUGAUAGACAAUCACUUUGGAAUACCGGUCGGAAAAACGGAUAUCUUGAAGCCUCCGAAAUCGUUUCCAACACCAGUAACGCGAUAUACGUUGUGCGAUAUGACUGUCACGUGGCAUAUGUACGGAGGAAACGAUUUUAAAAUACCCGAUAGUGAAAGUAAGAAGAAAAACGUUCAGUUUUCUGAAACUCAACUUAGUACUACGGUUAGUUUCUCAAAGUCAAAUAAGAAUGAAGUUACUAUUACUUCAAAUUUUGAUAAAAAGAAGACUAAUAUGAAUUGGAUACUAAAAGGGGGAGUAAAUCGGGAUCACGAUGUUCAUAUGGAAUUGCAUUUGAAUAAGGUCCGUUUUCAACAUGAAGUAUAUCCAGAAACUACUACUCAAGCCUCCAGGCAAAUCCUAAUAAUAUCUGAUGUAGAAAUAGUAGAUAAAUUAGAAUCUAGUCAAUUCAACAAAUUUCUUUAUCAAUAUACAAGUCAAACAAGACCAAAACAGUCUCACGCGCAUAUGGUUGUGAUAAAAGCUUUACACAUAAGGCCUGAUGCAAAACUACCCACUCAAGAAUGUUGUCUGAAAGUAUCACUAUUGCCUCUUAGACUAAACAUAGACCAAGAUUCUUUAUUAUUCCUUAUCAACUUCUUUACCGAACUUGGUGGAGACAAUUCUGUGAAAAGUGAUGAACAGGUAAAUAUUUCGAAACACAAUACACCGACUCAUCAACCCCCUGUCAUGACAAUUAGCGAAGAAAAUGAGGAAAUAAUUAAGAAACAAGCGUUAAAAGUGGUUGACGAAAAUCUAAUAAUGCUGAUGGAAGAAAGUAAAAGUCAUUUUGAAUCUGAGAACUCUUCAAGUAAUUUGACAUCCAGUGUCCAAGAUGGAUCGCCUGUCUUCUUUAGGAAUCUUAUAUUCGGUCCUGAUGUGCCAAUACGAUUAGAUUAUCACGGUAAACGCGUUGACAUGACACACGGUUCCCUUUCGGGUCUCCUGAUGGGUCUUGGACAACUAAAUUGUUCCGAAUUAAGACUGAAAAGGGUCAGCUAUCGUCACGGACUCUUAGGAUUUGACAAAUUGAUGAAGCAUUUAGUUGCGGAGUGGUUGAGCGAUAUCAAAAAGAACCAACUUCCUAGUCUACUCGGGGGCGUCGGUCCCAUGCACACUCUUGUUCAACUAUUCCAAGGUGUUCGUGAUCUGUUCUGGUUACCAAUUGAGCAGUAUCAAAAGGACGGUAGGAUUGUUAGGGGCCUUCAAAGAGGAGCUAAUAGUUUUACUACUUCUACAGCGAUGGCUGCGUUAGAACUAACUUCCCGUAUCAUACAUUUGAUACAAAUUACAGCUGAAACGGCUUAUGAUAUGCUAUCACCCGGUCCUAGUGUUAGAAUGAUGGCGAGAACAAAGGGAAAGAGAAAGAGGUACAAUCAGCCACAGGAUAUUAGAGAAGGGAUGGCAAAUGCCUAUUCACUUGUCAAAGAGGGUAUUGGCGAGACGGCCGACCAAAUAGUCCAAGUGGCCGCGCACGAGAAGGAACAAAAAGGAUACAGCGGCGCCGUAGGCGGUGUCCUUCGACAAAUCCCCCCCACUUUCCUCACGCCCAUUAUCAUAGCCUCGGCGGCUACCAGCAACGUACUGGGAGGCAUGCGUAGCCAACUGGUGCCGGACGCCAGACGAGAGGCUAAUCAAAAAUGGCGAAACGUCGACGAGUUAAAUUGUGAUAAAAAAUAAAGACUGUAAUUGUGAUGAAACUAUACAAUUAGAUAUUAGUCUAACUAAUAAUAAUUAUCGGUCUUUAACAUUGUACAGGGUGUUUCGUCAUAAAAUAAUGGUUCAUUCCGAUUUUUUAUUCUUGCACUUUGAAAUAUCGCCGUCUACGUUGAUUAAAAAAAUAAUUUUUACAGCUCCAAGUAAUUUAAUAAGAAUGACAAUUAUGUAAUGAGUAAAUAAUAAAGAACUUGACUGGACGAGGCGCAUUUUAGGCCGAGGGAGCAUAGCGAAUACAAGUUGUAUAUAAAGUUUUACAAAAAUUGUCUCAAUAUUAAAAAAGUUCAAUUUAUUUUUAACCUUUUCAAGCAUUUAUAGUUCCAUAGAACAUACAAAUAUAUUAUCAACAGCAUAGCAGUUAUUUUGCUUUGAGGUGAUUGAAAUUAUAAUACAACGAAAAUAGCAGCUAGAAAAAUCGGUUAAGAAAUGAUUUCCAAAGCAGAUCUUGAAUUACCAAAGCGUCUGUAGAUUAAAAAACUGUGGCUCUCGAGGUUUUGUAAGGUCACAAUUGACAAACAGUAUGUGACAAUUGACAAAUGUGAAGAAUGAACUGAUUAAAACAAAAUUGUUUUGAUUUAAUACCUCUCAAAAGUUUUCCCCUUAGUUUGCCACGAACUUGUUCUAAUACUAAUAUUUCUUGAGACGUUGAGGUCCAUGACUUGUAUCAUCAUUUUGGAGGUUGAAGAACAAGUACUCAAUGUCGUUGAAAAUAGUCCUGAAAUAAGGAGAGGCUAGCCAUGAGCUUAGUGUGUAUCCAUGUUCUCACAACAGUUAAGCUGUGAGGUCUCCAGUCACGUUGUGGAUGAAUGACGGGUGAGACCAUUCCAUCAUCGGCCUUAGCCGACUGACAUUUAACCAUCGGCAAAAGGAAUUAAUGAGAGUGAAUGGGAAAGUAGUAGGACCUUCAGCUGGUGGCACAAUAAGCCGAAAGCUGCAUUACCACCAAGCUACAAAUAGGGUGAUAACACGGGUGGAAAAAAAUAAAAGCCAUAUAAGACUCGCUACUUAAGUUACAGUAUUUCAUUCUUAUUGUACAUGCAUACAUGCUUGUCUUAGUAAAAACGGACGCCAAUUUGAACAAUUACUAUAGUGUAAACCUUAAAUUUGCUUUCUAUAUAAAUCAAUAUGUUGUGCCAAAAGCCACUUAGGCCAAUAGUCUCUCUUGGGGCUUGAUUAGCUUGUACUCAUAUGAUCUCUGGAUCAUUGUCCUUGUCCUUUGUUUGGUUCUGUGAUUUUUACUUUAAGCAAUAUUUGAAAGUCACAUAUGGUGAUGAAAAUAAGCAUUUACCCACUUUUGGCUCUUUUUUGAGCAAACUUUCACUCUAAAAAAAUCAAUGGUAUAUCGCUGAGCGUAUAUUUUCCAGGUACGACGCCUCUAAAUAAGAAUUAGGUUCGUAUUAAAACCUUAGUUGCCAUAGAAUUACAAGAGGCGAGAUUAAUCUUUACUUUGCAUUAAAACUGCCGCAAAAAUUAAGGUUAUAUAGUUUACUAAAACCAAAAGUAAUUAUGCAUGUAUAAAGGAAGAUAUGUAGUGUUGUCAUUCUCUAAUUAUUAUGUCUUGUUCCUUUGUUCUUUAAAUUUUUCGUGUUCUAUUAAUUGUAAAAUCCAUAAUAUUGGUUUAGAAUCGUACUUUUUUAUUAUUAAAGGUUUAAAAAUUUAAAGGAUACUUCCUUAAAGAGCUUAGAAUAAUUAUAAAUUCUUUUUAUCUGCAACACUUGCAAAUUCUUCUCUAGUUUGUUUAUUUUAGACUGACCAUUUUCUUAUAUAUUUUCAAUUUAUCAAAUCUGAUACCUUCCAGGUACAUGUUUUGGCUCAAUUUUGCAAUUUAUAUGAAAAUAUUGAAGAUUUGUGCUUGCCAAAUAUUUUAAAUAUACCAUUCUUAUAAAAAAAAAUGGAGUUGUUUUUUAAGUUAUUUCAUAUGAGAUACCCUGUAUGUUCUUAAUUAAAAGUACCAAACAUGAUUUUAUAGGUGAUAAUAUUACUGAUUUAAAUUUUUGCACUAGC